AUGCUAGGCAGACAGGCAAGCGUGGGAGUCUUCUCUUUCAUCGAGGAUGAUAUCGUGACUGACCUGCUGUUGGUUAAGUAUCAUGCUCCUGUUGGAAUUGACAUGUGGCAUCAUCGAAAGACCACUUGCAUCGUAAUGAAACUGAAAUUUGAAGCCGACAAUGGACUGGGGGAGUGGCUGGGUCGCAUUGCAGAGGGCUGGUCACACACCUUUAUGUGCUAA